AGGAUAAUCCUGGUCCGGCCCAAUUUGUGAAGGACAAGAUUGUAAAUGAUGUGUGGUGGGAUAAGGUGCGCUAUUUCCUCAGUUUCAUUGAUCCUAUCUAUUCUAUGGUGCGGGCAGCUGAUACUGACAAGCCAUGCCUCCACUUGAUAUAUGAAAUGUGGGACACAAUGAUAGAGAAGGUGAAGAAUGUGAUCUAUCAUUAUGAAGGGAAAGAGGCACAUGAAGAAUCCACCUUUUACUCUGCUGUGCGAGACAUCUUGGUGAGCCGUUGGACAAAAAGCAACACCCCCUUGCACUGCUUGGCACACUCAUUAAAUCCCAAGUACUACACUGAAGCAUGGAUCAAUGAGAUUCCAAACCGACAAGCCCCCCACAAUGAUGAGGAGAUUUCAGAAAUGAGAAAUGCUUGUUUCAGGAGGUAUUUUUCUGGUGAGGAAUUAAAAAGGGUCAAGCAACAGUAUGCUAAUUUCUCUUUGUUUGGACCUGGAUUCAAUUCAUUUGAUUCACUUGAGGAUAGAACUUAUAUGGAUCCAAAGCAAUGGUGGGGAAUUCAUGGUCAUUCUGCUCCAGAACUGAAGAAGUUGGCACUUAGACUACUUGGGCAGCCAACAUCAUCUUCUUGUGCUGAGAGAAAUUGGAGUACCUAUGGGCUGAUCCAUAGUUCUUUGAGAAACAGGCUGAAUCCUGCACGUGCUGAGGAUCUAGUUUUCACACACCAGAACUUGCGUCUUCUUUCAAGGAAAACUGAGGAAUACAAUCGUGGUCCAUCUGCAAUGUGGGACAUUGGAGCUGAUACUUUUGAAUCUGAUUUUUAGGGCGGUGCUGAUUUCCUUGAGCAUGCUGAUCUGUCACUUGAUGAGCCAGAACUUGAGAGAGUUCUUGAAGAUCUUGGGGCAAUGGGUCUGACUGGAGAUGCUUGAUCAACUCCCUCAUCAGGAAUCUGAUCUAAGGAAAAACUCCCUCAUCAGGGAUGAUGGAUUGAUGGAUGAUUGCCAUGGCCAGCUGCCGUUCAUGCAUCAUCAGUUCAUCACUUUAUAUGUUAUCGUUUUAUCAUUUCAUCAUGUCAUGUCCUUAAUCUAGUUGCUACAUUAUGUGUCUGUCGAACCUAAGUUAGCUUAAUGGCCUGAACGUUAUGCCUUGAACCGUUGAAUGUUAUGUCCUGAACAAUGUUAUUAUUAUGUUAUGUAA